GUGCCUUUUACUUCAACAUCUUUUUACUUCCCACAAAAGCUGUUGCAGAAACAUACCAGGAUUUUUUGUAGCUGUUUGAAACAUAUAGUAUGUUACGGAUAAGGAAUGGCUUUAUUCUGAAGCAUGAGAAAUACUUUCUCUCUUACAAAAAUGAGAUAUAAGAGCAAAAGGAAAGGAAAGCAUUUUAAUCACCUUUUAGAAGGUGAACUACUUAAAUGCAAGACACUCUGCGUCAGCCAUCUUGGAGACUGACAGGGACAGCUGUGCCCUGUCCAUGAGAGCGAGCGCUUUAAAUGAGCUCCCUGGAAAAGCUUCACACAGUGCGAGGAAGCAUGCAGGGUCACCGCAAAUUCUCGGAUGGCUUCAGUGACACAUCCAGCAGUGGCAGCUUCAUGGACGAAACGGACAGAGAAGUGAGCAACCUCACUGAUCGUGCCUUCAGGAGCCUGUGCAUCGGAGAGGAGGCCAUUUACAAUGACAAUGAAUUCUCUUCUUCUCCUACGGAACGCCACAAGGCCUUUGCAGAGGAACAGCAGCAGAAGACGGUUGUUCAGAUGUCCUCCCAGGUGGAAUGUUCGUACGGCGUUCUGCAGCACGCGGAGGUGGGAGAGCAGUCUGAGAUGGCCUCGACAUUCCAGCAUUCCUAUGGAGAUGUAACCCAUCAGGAGCAGGUUUUUAAAGCAGGAAGCUUGACUUAUAUGAACAAUGGAUCCAAGGAGUUGACGUGGCAGCAGAGCAGAAGCGCAUCAAGGGUUUCAUCUCUGAUCAAAGCGUUUAGUUCAGGGGAGUGUUACCAGGACAGUGGGACUUGUGAUGUUAUCUUGGCAAGAGACAAGUCUAAGGAUCUCGGACAUGAAUCGUGGGACAAAUCGGCUCUGUUGAGCAUCCAAAAAGAGCUUUCUGAGUUCUCUUCAGGAUACCAUCAGAAUUUCAAGUCAGGCCCCUUUCAGACCUACAGAAACCAUUUUUACACAUCAGACGUGGCCUCUGCAGUGGCCCAGAUGGACACGAAGGUCUUGAUGAAAUCUUCUAAAAGUAAGUUCAAGGCAUUGAACUCUACAAACUGUUUUUUUCACAGUGAAUUCAGCCCCUUUCAGUUAUGGGAGGAGUACAACAGGUUCCCCUUCGAAAGUACGAAUGCAUCAGGGUUUAUAUCCGCUAUUGAAUUCCCAAGAUGGUACGAUUCUCCCAUGUACAAAGAGCUAAAAGAUACCCACAGGGUUCCAAACAAUGAAAACAGGCACUUCAAUCAGAGCCAAACUCAGGACGUUGCCCACAGUCAGCGUUCCAGGUCCACGGUCAUCCAAAAAGCUUUCGCCAUCGAAAAAAGAUGCGAAUCUGAGAUGGCCUCAAACUGUCCACCCUGGAAGAAAGGGAUUAAUUUUGUAAAAAGCAAAUUUCCAGGUAACCGGCCCUCCACGGUAUCACCGACGUAUGAGAAAACAUGUAGGCCUGAUUCUAGUUUGUUUGGUAAUAGCAAGGUUUUAUAUGAUAUUCAACAAAAAGUAGAGAAAGUGGUCGACAGUGCUCAGCCUAGCAGCGUGACACCAUUCAACAUCACUCAACUUCUUAGACCGGUGAUUCACACUAGACAAGAAACAGAGACAUCUGAAAUCCUGCAAUUUGCACACACUCCCUCCAUCUCUGAUUAUUCGUCUCAGGGUGAAACUGAUCCAAAACCUCUCGCAGAUGCCAAACAUCUACGUGACAGCUACAAAUCCAGAGCGUCAAGUUUGCUCUUCAACAUCAAAGACAAUCGAAAACGGGUUAAGAUCACUUACAGUCCCACAAAAUUUAAAGGUUUGGAGGUAACAGAUCGAAACAAGCAGCCCUCAAAUUUGGAGGGACGUGAAUCCAGAUUUUCAGAUAUUCUUGCAUGCCAAGAAACUUCUCAAGAGAAUUUUAUUGAAAUGGACACAUGGGCUUCUGGUAACCCAAAAGUGCCAAGCGUAGCACCCAUCACCCCUAAAAAUGGCGUUGAUGCUCUUGUACCAUAUGAUAAUUUAACAAUAACUUCACCUCAGAUUCAGGAUGGAGCCGUGAAGUUCUUCCAUGGAAGUUCACAAGGUCAUUUUCUCAGCACAGAUCUGCUGACUAACACAGAAAGUACUCAGCGUGAGCUCUCAUCGCACAACCUUUCAACACAGGAUAAAAGCUCUCUGACUUCAGAAGGUCAAUUUAAAGACCUCAACAUUACUGUUAGUCCUACCAGACCAGAAAUAGCAAACGUGCUUCCAAAGACGCACCCACACUCUCUGCCCACUCAGACAUCAGCACAACAGAGACAAGGCCCGAGCAAUAAUGCAAGUCAGAAUGACCCAAAACACAGACAGGACUUUGCGAAGAAAACGCAUUUCGAGUACAGUCAAAAUGAAACGGUUAAAGAAAGAAGUCAGUGGGAACAGACUGGUUCUGUAAAUUCCAUAGAUGGGGAAACUUUAACUCAUGAUGGCAAAUUUGAAACACGGCCUUUUAGGGGAGAAAUAGCAGCGCUAAUUGAAAUGGACAAACAUAGAAAAGCCAUCGCCAAGCAGUACUUGCCCGCUACCAACAACGGGUAUUCUGUCCGGAAGGAAACGUACAUGCAAAAGGUAAAUGAAGACAUAAAACUCGGUCGACUUGUAAAGGAAGAAGAGAAAGAGGUUACGGAAGGCACAAUGUCAUUCAGGAAAACUUCUUACAGUGAUACUGCUGUACAUAACAACCCAUUAAACACAUCAAGAGAUAUUGAUUCAUAUGGAGUGCCCCAAAACAACCACCUGAACAAAAGAUUAUCUCCACCAAAGGAAGAACGGGUCAAUAGUGGCUCACAAAACUACACUGUCAAGAAUGAUCUUUCAAAUGAAAUACAGCAUUCAGAAAGAGCUGCAGAGCAAUGCACUUCUUCUAACAGCAUGCCAACGCAAAAGACAUCUCUGUAUGGACCUUCAGAAGAGAAAGGUCAAAAUAAUGGUGAAUUGUUGUCUUAUCAGCAAUACAGGUACGGGGCAAACAAACAGUGGCUCAUGACAUCUGCAAAUAGGCAUAUUAAAGACAAUGUAUGUACAUCACAGAUACUGGAACAAAACGGCACCAAGAGUUAUAAAAUACCCAGUACGGUGUCAAAUACACAACAGAGCACACAGAACACAACAACAGUGAGCCAAAACACAGAUGGUGCAUCAAAUCUAGCUUUACGGGAAACAGAUUCAGUCAAACACUCCAAACAAAACAAUCCUUGUGUACUAUCUAGUAGAGAAGAGAGGUUCAGCAUAAAUGAUAUUCUUACCAUAAGAGAUAUAGAGCAAGCAAGGAGAAUGAGGGAGAAUACUUCGGCUGGUGAUCUGGCUAGAUCUGAAAACCCACAAAAUCAAAUUAAACGUGACACAGCUGAGGAGAAACUAACCAGAACAGAGGUGAUAAAAGAGAAAGAAGCUCAGAGCUACAUAGUAUCGGACCAUGCAGCACCUGGAUAUCCAAGAAAAGAUGUCCACAACCUACAUGAAGGGCCAGCAAACAUUAACACAGAGAGAAAAGACAAACUGAUGAGCAAAAACAGUGACAGGGUCACAACAAGAGCACUUUCUUACAAGGAAAGAAUCCAAAGCAAACAAGAAAUACUGACGUCCAGAUUGAAAGCACAUGCUCAAAAGGAAAUAACAGCCAUUAAAGAAAAGGAACUUGCCAGACAAGCCCUCCUUGCAAGAAAUAAACCGAGCAAGACUGUUAACAAUGAAACAGCACAAGAUGGUCAAGAGGUUCAUUUCGCAAAGAAGGAAAGCACAGCAGACAAGCUAAACCACUUGUUUCAAGACAUCACUUAUUCCAGCGUAACCCAACACAAAGAACUCAACAAAACACACAAUGAUCAUACAGUGAAUGGAUCUAUCCCAUCAAGACAACAGCAAACUAAAGAAUCUAAUUUUCAAGAAGAUAUUCAGACUACAGCUUUGGAUACGAAGAGUGAAUGUAAAAAACAAGAUUGUGCGGCAGAAAGGAAGUAUGACAAACCUCCAUCUGAUGAUAGAGAGAUAACCAAAGAAGCAUUUUCACAAAAUGUACAACUUGGAGGCAGGACUACAGUGAAAAAUAUCCAAAACAACCAACCAGCCAGAAUUUCAGAUAACAAACAGUUAAGUAAGAAAAGUCCAGAAGAAAUAAACCGUAAGGAGCAAUUGGUCAUACAUAGUCCUUAUGUGCACACGUCACCCAUCGAGACAAAAUCAAACAACACUUCCCAUAAACCACCUGCACUUCAUUGUGAAAAACAAACAAUGCAAUAUGAUCACACAGGAAAGGAGUUUCCAAAAUAUCAUCAUAUUGGGAAUGCUGGGGAAAGCAGUCCGACUCAAUAUAAUUACUCUGGAAAAGCUAUGUCUACAUCUAAUAAUAUCAAUAAUGCCAAAAUGGAUGACAAGUCUCCACUUACAACUGAGAAUCAAAAAGCAAACGGUUUGAAUAAAACUUCCGAUGUGCAACGUGGAUAUUUGGACAGAAACGCACCCAAUGCUGAAGAAGCUACUGUACGUCAUAAAAGUGGGAUUACUGCUGCAGUAGAGCGGUCUAAAAAUGAACUAAUUCAAAAUAGCUCCGGGAUUAAAGUUAGUCAACUGAAAUCCUCAUCAAAUGACAUGAAGUUUAAAAAUGGAAAUCCACCUGCUAACCUACUAAGCGUAUCUGCUGACUCAAAGCGUCAAGCCAGUACAAUAAAUGCAGAUGAUGAGCAGAUUAAACAUGGAAACCAUAGAUAUAGUUCUGGACUUAAUCCACCAACAUCAUCAACAGAAAAUACUGUGAGAGCAAAUGAACAGUUUUCACCAAGAAAUACGAAGAUGGAAACCCUGGAAUAUUUGGUUAAAGAUGCAGAAGUAGCAAUAAGCAAGCACAACACAACAAGCAAAAAUGACGUUAAACAAAACAAAUCCUCUCCAGUUAAGGCUGUUGAAACUACACCUCCAAACAAAAUGCUGGAGAGUCAGCAAGAAUCAGGAACAAGUAGUGAAUCUGCACUUCAAACGGUAUCACAUAAUGCAAAUGAAUGUUGCCAACAAACAGAUGAAAAUAAAAAGACUCUGCUAUCAGUUAACAAAACUAAAACACACCAGUUGAAAGAAUUCAAUAAGGUAUCAAUAUCAGAUAAAAGACUUGCAGAAAGUGCCAGUCACACAGAAAUAGAAGAAGACUUUGCAAGACAGAUAGGAACUUCAAGUAAAGAAGAAAAUGAAAGAGUCAAUGAAAGAGUGAAAGUGUCUCAAAAAGUGAUAUCUGAAAACACGAAAAGUCCAAGUGACUCCACACCCCAGAAACAAGCAAAAGACUCAACAGAAGAAAACGUUUCCACUCAACGUACAAAUACGAGGGGAGAGAUUAAAACUCAAAAGAAUAAUAUACACCCUGUUUCCAAACAGAAUGCAGAUUCCACAAAAGAUGAAUCAAAUGUUCUCACACCUAGCAAAGAGGAGCCUACAGAGGAACCCAUGAUAUUCAGUAUCUGUGUGUCAAGCAAAACAGAAACCGAUUCAGAUGAAGAACCUAUGAUCUACACCAUUUGCGUGUCAAGUAAAAGUCACAUGGAUGAGCAACAAGACCCAGUAAAACAUGAAGAUGAGAGAUGUGUGAUAAGAGCUGAAGAAGAUAAAAGUGUUAAAAAUGACAGAGCAGAAAGUGUUCAUGAUGAAAAUGAAAGUAUAGGUCACAGAGAGCCUGAAGUGUCUUCAAACAUUGAGCCAGAAAAAGAACACAUGGUUAGAAACUGUGAGCGCCCUGUUACUAAGGAUAAACAAGAACAUGGCAAACCAAGCGAGAUAGGAAGUAUCGGUUCAUCAUAUGAGGACCUCUUGGCUAAAUAUGGACUUCCGGUCAGAAAUCAUGGACAUGCAUCAAAACAUCACACGGAGGAUAAGAGAGAGAUAAAAGAAAAGGAGUCUGACGUUUCGCCCACAGAAAAUCUAAUAAAACAUGAAAUCAACAGAUCUCCACUUUCACAAGAGAAAAGCUUAGGAAACACACAAGUACAGCCAGAAGAAUCGAGAUCAGCAAGUGUAGAUCAGCAAACACAACUUUUAAAGGAGAAUGACAUCAAAAUUAAACAACAAGCAAACAGCUCAGUAAAAGACCAGCAUUAUGACAUCCCUUCAAUAACACAGUCCAAACGGACUGAAAAGCAACAGAUCGCAGGAAACGACAAACCAAAGCUCAGUCCUUCUCCGAGAGAUGCCACUCUGAAACCAAAAGAUUCAGCAAAUGCUAAACAUUAUCAAGAUACUGAGAAUAUUGAAGCAUCAGAGCAAAGUAGGACAAACGGUGAUGUUCAGUUGAGGGAUAAACAAGUUGAAGAGCAAGUGAGGAACACAGAGAAAGUGAAAAGAUUGAGAAAGACAGAAAACAUUACUGACAACGUGUGUUAUUUUAGAAAGUCCCCAUUGAAAACUGAGGAUGUAUCACUGACAGCAAAACAACCUGCAGUCACUACUGACUCAACCAACAGAGCAAAGACUGAUGAAGUUUUAAAGACACCCGUUUCUAAAGCAAGUGUGACAAAGCACAUACUCAACACCAAAGCCAAUGAAACUACAGGUACUGAACAGACAAUAUCCCACACGAAUGAAAAAUCUCAACAGUUGGACAGUGAAGACAAAAGGUCAGAUAGGCUUCUGCCUCAAAAUACAACCCUAAAAUAUGGUGCAAAACAAGAUGAUUGUGCGGCAUUUGUGCAAAAGCAAUCAGUCUCAGCCAAAGAUGCCCAAAUUCUGAAAAACAGUGUUAAGGGAGAUGUUGUGGAGAAAAAUGCACAGCCAGACCAGGGGAAAGCUGGGUUUACCACGCAUAAUGAAAGUACAAACAGGAUGAAGAUGGUUUCAAAAGAUGGCGCUGCCACACAUGUUAAUAAUUAUUUGGGUAAAGUUAAUAGUGUUGGUGAGGAUGUGUGUUCUGUUGUAAAACACAAACAUGGCUCUUUUGAAGUUCCAAAAUUUCACUCCAAGGACAUAAAAGUGUCUACAGAGGAAAAGUCAUCAAAACAAGAUGUCAUGGUAGACCACAAAACCCAACAUGAAGUGACGCAGAAAGAAUGUUUGAGGGGAACUGCUGGGACAGAAAACAUGGCUGAUAAAGACAAGCAAACAAAUUCACCCGUGAAGAGCCCUCAAAAUAAACCAGAAACCAUGGAUGAUCUGAAAGCAACAGGUGAAAAGAUGCCCAAACAAAAAGACUACACCGAAAAAGAAAUCACACCACCUAAGAAAGAACGCCCUGAGGGAGUGCCACCUUCUCUAAGACAGGAAACGGUUCAGAAACAAGCCAGUGACAAAAGAAAAGAGGACUCUGGUAUGUCAGGUCCAAGUGGACAUUUAUAUAACAAAGAUGGUUAUUUGAAGGUUAGUGAAAACAAAAGCAACAUCACUGGAAAGAAAGAUGGAAAUGAUGAGAAUUUGGAGAUACAACAGGCUGAUCGUACUACAUCAAACCAGCAGUCAGACAGAAAGUUUUUGAAACAAAUUGAAGUUGAAGAAAAAGGAUUUGCUAGUCAGCAGGGCAUAAAGAGAGAGGUUACGUCAUCCAAACCAGAGGUUCCACAAAGGGCCAAGAAGGUGAAUAGACCAGAGAUAUCAGCUAUAGCAGACUAUGCCAGACUGAAGGUUAUCUCUGCUGAAGAUGACACAAAGGAGAUUGAUUUUCUUCCCAAAAUAAAUAUAUAUCACAGUCAGGGCCAGACAGUUACAGGACUUCACAAAAAUUCACAUGGAAAUGAGUCUUUGUUGGUUGAAGAAUCUAAAAGAGAGAAAGCUCAAAAUCCCAAACCAAAACCUUUGCAAUUUCUAGAAAGGGACAAGGAGACAUCAACACAACAUCACUUCAAUCCUAGCUUGAGUACCGCUCAAACCUGCACAACACCGACAGCAUCCGAUUCAGAGAUUGGAGCAUCAGGAUUAGGGGGCACACGAGAAAGGGUUUCAACAAGUCAUAAGGAAUCAAACACUAAACCAGUUUUCGCAGAACAAACAAACAAGGAAGUACAUCACAACCUCUACCAGUCCAAGAAUCUCCAGGACGCAAACAUUUUACCACUGCAAACUGAGGACGGAUCAAGACAAGCUCAUGGGAAAGCAACUCAAAAAGAAAAUUCUCAAAGACAAAAAUCUCUAGCAAACUUGCCACUUAAAGAUGUUUCUGCUGCAGUAAAACCAGAGGAAAACCUGAUUAAUAUGACAUCACCAGCUGUGGGGGAAACAGAAGAACUACAAUAUUACACCGUAAAUGCCCUCGACAGUGAUACAAAACCAAAACAAACACCCCAACCACCUUCCCCAAGUCACGCGAUAACUCCAAACAAAGUCUUGUCUUAUAAAUUACAAGAAGAGGAAAAGGAAGAAAGCUCAUUGUUACAGAGUCUAACAGACUAUGGUAAAGUUAACAUGACAGGACAACAAUCUAACUCUUCUUCUCCAGCCAUGGGAAAACCCACCAUGUUCAGAGUAAAGGAUAACACGAUCAGAACCUCUUCCGUGACCAAAGCGGUCAAGCCACGCUUUCACAGGUCCUUCUCAGAUGACUUCAGAAUGGGCUCCCCAAGGGAACACCUGAGUGGUUCUGAAAAAGGAGACGAGGAGCAUAUUGAGCACAAAGAACCCGCUAACCCUCCAGUCUUACAUGAACCGGCCGCCGCCUCCCAUCGGCUUUAUAAAAUGAGAGAGACACAAAACAACUCGCCCUCAGUGGAACACACAGCAAAACAAUCAAAGAGCCAUCAGAGAAGAAGCCAAAACCUGGAUGAUGAAGAUACACGGUCGGUCAUCAGUGUGAUGUUAGAAGAUGCAGAAAACUGUACAGCGGAUGCAGCAGACAUAAGUGCGGCUUGCAUACCCAAGAUUGACAGUUAUAGAGACACAUACCAAAGACCUGCAUCCGUCUCCUAUGAAAGACCAGAGUCAUCCUGCUAUGAAAGGCCCGAGUCGGCAUGUAGUGACAUGAGACCUUUGGGUAAGCCCCCAACAGUGCCUCCCAAAACGGAAAAAGCUCUUCGUCGAGCGCAAAGGCUUACAACGAGGCGCAUGAAAAAGGCAGAGAACAAGAUGACACCUGAAACAGAUCAGAUUAGAAAUGUAUCCAGCGUCCCCUCAUCACCUUCAGACGUACAGUCAAUGCAUCCAGCAACACAAACCACACCCGCACUUUCCCGGUACAGCACUGAGCCAAAUUACACGACCCCCACGCACAGUGUGGUGGCCCAACCUUUCACAAUGACGCAGAGAAAGCUUCUGCAAGAUCCAAACUCCGGGCAGUACUUUAUGGUGGACAUGCCAUUACCAGUUAAAACAAAGACAUUUUAUGAUCCAGAGACAGGCAAAUACGUUCAGCUCAACGUCCGUCAAAGAUCCCAGAGUGCCCACUCGCAGCCAACGCCGGUGGAGGUGUUGAACGGUCCGUACGUGCUGUAUCCGGGAUUUCUGCCAGUGGCUGCCUCUUCAUUACCGUCAGUAAGGUCAUCGUCUCAGCUGUCAGCACCGGCAUCACUAACCAAUGACAGGGGUCCUGAUCAAUGGAAACAGCAAAGAGACCCUGAAUCUGCGUACAGGUCUUCCGAGCAAGUUCGCGGUCCGUCUAGGAACGUGCAAAACAGAAAUAGUGUACGACACACUGAUAUUAUAACUAUGAGUGAAUUAGAAGACUUUGCAAUGGAAAGCACAUGACAGCAGUUUAAUGUUUGGCGUAGGCAUGCAAGGUUUGUACACAACUGUAUCUAAGCUAAGUAAAUGUGACCUAAGUUCUCAAGUGUUUUGAUUUGUAUGUUAAGCUUGCUGUUGAACUGUUUUUAGCUGGAAGAGCGGGGCUAUUUAUUAAGAGAAAAGUCAAGGAAAGUACUGUGAAGCAUUCCAUUUAAUUAUGUUACGUUGAAAAUAAUUUUGCAGUGUACUUGUGUAUGAUACACUAAAGACCAUGCCCUCAGAACACACUGUAAACUGUUAACAAAGUGACUUAGAUAUUUUACUGUUAAAGGCUAAAACUUCAUCCUCAAACACAGACAGAAAAAAUAUGCCUACAGCAUCGUUAUACAAAGCAUCAAAUUCAAGCUGUUAAGUUAUUUGUCCUCCAAGUUAAUGGCCCACAAUAUGCAUUGGAAAUUGUACAAUAUGAAAGUGUUUCAAGAUUAACCCUUAAGUUAUUGCCAUUUUAAGCAACUUUUCAUAUCCUUUGGCAGAUUACAUAUUAAAAAGGGUGCCCUUUACCUUGCUUUACCUUGCUAUUGAUGUAUGAAUGUGAAACAAUGACCGUAUAAACAAAUACUGCAAUGUACUACUUUUACAGUCUUUCAGAAGCUCAUUACAUCAUCUGGCUA